GCCAGGACAGCCUCCGCCGCGGUCGCCGCUUCUGAUGCGCCUGCCCGCUCCCGGCCCCGCGGCUCCGGGAGGAUGUGGGUCCUCGGCAUCGCGGCAACUUUUUGCGGACUGUUCUUGCUUCAAGGCUUUGCGUUGCAAAUCCAGUGCUACCAGUGUGAGGAAUUCCAACUGAAUAACGACUGCUCCUCCCCCGAGUUCAUCGUGAAUUGCACGGUGAACGUUCAGGACAUGUGUCAGAAAGAAGUGAUGGAGCAAAGCGCAGGAAUCCUGUACCGCAAGUCGUGUGCAUCGUCGGCGGCCUGCCUCAUCGCCUCGGCUGGGUACCAAUCCUUUUGCUCCCCAGGAAGACUGAAUUCCGUGUGCAUCAGCUGCUGCAACACCCCUCUUUGCAACGGGCCCCGGCCCAAGAAAAGGAGCAGUUCUGCCCCAGCCCUUCGGCCAGGGCUCCCCAGCACCAUCCUGCUCCUCAAAUUAGGCCUUUUCUUGGCACACUGCUGAAGCUGAAGGAGACAGCAGCUCCUCCUGCAUUGUUCUUCUGGCCUGCC